GAAGUCCCUUCUCUAACAUUGCCAUAUUCUCUUCCUUCUCCGAGUCUGACUGCAGAAUCUCUAGAAGUAAAUAUAAGUGAACACGAGAAAAAAAAGAGAAACAGAACUCUGAAGAAUGAAACCGGCGUCCUGUUACUUGUUAGGAUACAUUUUCAUAUUUCUUCUUCAAGCGGUGUCAUCAGAUGAGGACAGAAAUGAAUGGUCCUUCUCAUUUACAGACUCCAUUAAAGCACAGAAGAAUUCUGAUGUGACCAUUCCCUGCACAUUUGCUGCUCCUAAUGACCGCAAGAACAUCAAUCUGAUUUGGUAUAAGUACGAUGUUUUAGGACACCCCCAGAUCUUCAAUAGUAAAGACCCUUCUCAGGUUAUAGAAGAGUACAGAGGAUGGACACGUCUUGUUUCUAAAGGAACAACCAGCUGCACACUGGAAAUCAGGAAUGUGAGAGAGACAGAAUGGUUUUAUCCAGGAAUAAGUGAAGACAUAAAUUCCUACAGCCUUAAUAACAGCCAGAAUGCCAUGAUCAAAGUCACAGUGGAGUCAUCAGAUGAGGACAGAAAGGAAUGGUCCUUCUCAUUUCCAGAAUCCAUUAAAGCACUGAAGAAUUCUGAUGUGACAAUUCCCUGCACAUUCACUGCUCCCAUAGACCUCAGUGAGGUCAAUCUGGUUUGGUUUAAGUAUCAACGUAUAGGAUACCCCCAGAUCUUCAAUAAUAAGGACCCCUCUCAGGUUAUAGACGAGUACAGAGGACGGACAAGUCUUGUUGAUAACGGAACAAACAGCUGCGCACUGAGAAUCAAGGAUGUGACAAAAGCAGAAUGGUUUUAUCCAGGAAUAAAUAAAGCGAUAAAUUCCUAUGACCUUAACAGCAAGAGUGUCCUGGUCAAAGUCACAGGUAAAGAUGUUAAAAAAAUUGUUAAAAUAUAACUGAAGGCAAUGGGU